AUGUGUAAUGCAAAAAUGUGGCGCCACCAGGGAUCGAACCAGGGACCUCCAGAUCUUCAGUCUGGCGCUCUCCCAACUGAGCUAUGGCACCUAUGGGCAUUUAGUCUGAGGUACCAUUUCUGUACACGUACACGACGUACAGCUAUGGCACCGGACUAG